GCGAACUUCAUUUCCCACUCCUCACUCUGUCUCUCACGUCACGUACUGCUCCCGGAGGAGGGCGAAAGCGGCACCGGCGAUCGUCAGCUCGGAGGAACCGUGAGAGCUUUCCGGCAAUGGCGUCGUCUCCGACUUCGUCGUCCGCCUCCUCGCGCUCCACUCCCUUCGCGUCCCCCGACUUCUCCUCCCUCCCGAUCAUGGCGCUCCGGGAGAAGAUCGUCGAGAAGAUCCUCGAGAACCGCGUCACCCUCAUCGUCGGCGAAACCGGCUGCGGGAAAAGCUCUCAAGUUCCUCAGUUCCUGCUUGAUAAAAACAUCAAACCCAUAUUAUGCACACAGCCUCGAAGAUUUGCAGUUGUAGCCGUCGCUAAAAUGGUUGCAAAAGCCCGAAAUUGUGAGUUGGGAUCAGAGGUUGGAUAUCACAUUGGGCAUUCAAAGCACUUUUCAUCUAGUUCAAAGAUUGUUUUUAAGACUGCUGGUGUUCUAUUGGAUGAAAUGCGUGAUAGGGGCCAGAAUGCACUUGAGUACAAAGCUAUUAUACUUGAUGAAGUGCAUGAAAGAUCUGUAGAAUCUGAUCUAGUGCUGGUAUGUGUGAAACAGUUUUUGCUGAAGAACAAGAAUAUGAGAUUGGUUUUGAUGUCUGCAACAGCUGAUAUCACCAGAUACAGGGAAUAUUUUGGAGAUAUUGGUAGGGAUGAGAGAGUGGAAGUGCUUGCCAUCCCUAGCUCCAACCAACAGACCAUUUUCCAGCGAAGGGUUUUAUACCUUGACCGGGUGACAAAGCUCCUUGAAAGAGAUUCAGACUCACCAUCUGCGGAAUAUUGCUCUGGAGAAGAACCUACAACAGCCAAUCCCAAUAUUAAGCCUGAAGUGCACAGUCUCAUCCAUGAUCUGGUGUUAUGGAUACAUGCAAAUGAGCCAGACAUUGAGAAGAGCAUAUUAGUAUUUCUUCCAACAUACCGUUCUCUAGUGCAACAGUGGUUUCUCCUAAGGCCUUUGAGUUCACUAUUUAAAGUUCAUAUCUUACAUAGCAGCAUUGACACAGAUCAGGCUCUUAGGGCUAUGAGAAUCUCAAAGUCCCACCGGAAGAUAAUAUUAGCAACAAACAUCGCAGAGUCAUCAGUAACUAUACCAAAAGUGGCCUUUGUUAUAGACUCAUGCCGAUCUUUGCAAGUUUAUUGGGACAGUAACAGGAAAGCUGAAUCUUCAGAGCUGGCUUGGAUAUCCAAAUCUCAGGCUGAGCAGCGUAAAGGAAGAACUGGCCGAACCUGUGAUGGUCAGGUAUAUCGAUUGGUCACAGGAUCCUUCUUCAAUAAACUUAAGGAUCAUGAGUGUCCGACUAUACUGAGAUUAUCAUUGCGACAACAAGUGCUCCAUAUGUGUUGUGCUGAAUCUAAAGCCAUUAAUGAUCCUAAAGUCCUAUUGCAGAAGGCUUUAGACCCACCUGAGCCUGAUAUUGUUGAAGAUGCAUUAGAUAUGCUAAUCCAUAUAGGUGCAUUAGAAAAAACAUCUCACAGAGGGCGUUAUGAGCCGACAUUUUUUGGAAGGUUACUUGCCAGUUUCUCCUUAUCUUUUGAUGCGUCAAUGCUUAUCCUAAAGUUUGGAGUUGCUGAUAUGCUUCAUGAGGGCAUUCUUCUCGGUAUAUUAAUGGAUAUUCAACCUCUACCUAUUCUUCAACCUUUUGGCGAGGAACAUCUGUUUGAGGAGUACAUGGGACGCUACUUCAUUGGAGAUAAUAGCUGCGACAAAACCCUUGGCCAAAAAGAGAUGGUAUUGAUGGGGAACUUAUGCGCAUAUAAGUUCUGGCAGAGAGUAUUUCAGGAUAACCUUCGCCUGGAACAUUUGAAAGAAGUUCUGAAGUAUGAUGCAGCAGGAGUUACACAAGAAACGUCCCUCAAAAUUGAGGAAAUGUGGUGCGUUUGCCACAAUCUUGUGCAGUCAUCACUGAAUCAUGUUUCUGAGAUAUAUGAAGAUGUCCUAUGUACACUGCACCAAUUUCGGCCAGACUUUUUGCCGGCGUCUGAUGGUAUUCCUUCUUACUAUUAUCCUUAUGAGUUUCAACACGAAUGCCUCCUCCAGGAUGCAGUUGAUGCGGAAUCAGAUGACGAGCAGCUACAUCAGUCUAGUGAUGUGAAGCAAUGUGUUGCUGGACCAUUUGUCUCCCUUGAUCACUUUCAGACAAAAUAUAUUGCUGACAAGAUGGCAACAGUUAUCAAGGAGAUAAGAGCUCUUUAUACUGGAGCACUACCUGGUUCUCAGCCUACAAUAUCGAAUGGCACAUCUGUCUAUGCACAGGCUCCUGUAUGUGUGUACUUUUUGAGGGGAGUUUGCACCAGGGGUAGUAGAUGCACGUACUCUCAUUCCCUUCAGGCACAACAACCAGCAUGCAAAUUCUUCUUCUCUUUACAGGGCUGUCGAAAUGGAGAUUCCUGUCACUUCUCGCAUGAUACGGCUCAAUUGAGUUCAUCUACCAGGCCGAGUCCAUGCUUACCAGAGGAGGACAUCGCUAAACCACAGCUAUUAAUUGAACUAUUUCCCCCUCCUGGUGAAGGGAACAUUCUUAUAUUGGAUGACACCAACUUCCAGUUCACCUCAAACAUUGCCUGCUUUUGGAACCCGGAGAAAAUGUUCGUGACAACUAGUUUAUCAGAGUCAUAUGUAAGUGAACCAUCACUGGAGGACGUCAGAAUCUCGUGGGCCCUACAUCACCCAUACCAGACACUCAUAUGUGAACCCCCAGAGAAUUCAUUCUCAUGGAGGGAUAUCAGGUGCGUGCUAUGGUUCCCAGAUCUCGACAAUCAAGACAAGAACUUGGAGAGACAGGCAGGUUAUGUGCGGAGCUUCUUUGAGUUCAUGGCGAUUCGAUUACUGGCAGAGUCCUUACACAGUGUUCAAGUUGUUGUCACCAUGAAAAACAUCAGAUUUUCACAGCUGCAGGUAGAGAAAUUGGGAAGAAACAGUUUCUUCUUCCUAAGGGAGUCGUUCCUUUUUGAUGAGCAAAGCUUUGGGGAAGUCCUUGAUGGUAUGACCACACGGAGACCUAUGGUGGUGUCUAAGGCUGUCUCCUAUGUCUUCGUCCUGCACCCACCGAGCAGUAUUCAGUUCGGGGAUUAUCAGACAGAAAUCCGCAGAUCUCUUCAAGAUGCUCAGUAAAUCCUCCUAGUCUAAGAAUACCAUAUAACCCUUUAUCAGUUGAUAGCUUCCAAUAUGAUCUUGCAAAUGGUCAUUAUAUGUUGGACUUUUCUUUAACAAUAUCUGCUAAUAACACAGUAUCUAUAAGAUGUUAGGAACGUGCGAUCCUAUACAGCAAACGAGCAUUGUCAUUCAA